AAUACUGAGCAGCCAAACAUCUGAGUUCGCUGAUUCGAAGAAACAGUGUGUUGUGUUGUGUUGUGUGUUGUGUCGGUGGCAUCGUUGGAGUGAAAAAACAAAAGGAGCGAGAAUGUACGGUAGAGAUCCGUGGGGUGGUCCGUUGGAGAUCAAUGCGACGGACUCCGCCACGGAGGAGGAGCGGAGCAGGAACCUGCAGGACUUGGACAGGGCGGCGUUGUCGCGGCCCUUGGACGAGACGCAGCAGAGUUGGCUCCUGGGUCCCGGCGAACAGAAGAAGAAGAAGUACGUGGAUCUCGGCUGCAUCAUCGUCAGCCGCAAGAUCUUCGUAUGGACCGUCGGCACGGUUCUCUUCGCCGCAUUCCUUGCCGGAUUCAUCGCGCUUAUUGUGAACACCGUCCCUCGCCACCACCACAAACAUCCGCCUCCCGACAACUACACGCUCGCCCUCCGCAAGGCCCUCAUGUUCUUCAAUGCCCAGAGAUCGGGGAAGUUGCCGAAGCAUAACAAUGUGUCUUGGAGGGGGAACUCGGGUAUGCAAGAUGGGAAGUCUUCUGAUACGUCUUCUGCGAUUAAGGAUCUGGUGGGUGGGUUCUACGAUGCUGGGGAUGCUAUCAAGUUUAACUUUCCUGCUGCGUUUUCCAUUUCUAUGUUGAGUUGGAGUGUGAUUGAGUAUAGUGCAAAGUAUGAGGCUGCUGGGGAGCUUAAUCAUGUUAAGGAGAUCAUUAAGUGGGGUGCUGAUUAUUUUCUCAAGAGUUUCAAUAGUACUGCUGACACCAUCACCUCACUUGCUGCUCAGGUUGGGGUAGGAGAUACUUCUGGUGGGGAUACUCCCAACGAUCACUAUUGCUGGAUGCGUCCGGAGGACAUGGACUAUGAUCGCCCUGUGACUGAGUGCCACAGUUGUUCAGAUCUUGCUGCUGAGAUGGCUGCUGCCUUGGCUUCUGCUUCCAUUGUUUUCAAGGACAAUAAGGCCUACUCCAAGAAACUGGUGCAUGGUGCAACCACGCUCUUCAAGUUUUCGAGGGAUCAGAGAGGUAGGUACAGUGCUGGGAGUUCGGAAGCUGCAAUAUUUUAUAACUCAACCAGUUACUGGGAUGAGUAUGUUUGGGGAGGCGCUUGGAUGUACUUUGCAACUGGAAAUUCGUCAUACCUUAAGCUUGCUACUGCUCCUGGCCUGGCCAAGCAUGCUGGUGCCUUCUGGGGAGGCCCUGAUUAUGGGGUACUCAGCUGGGAUAACAAACUUGCUGGUGCUCAGGUUCUUCUGAGUCGUUUGAGGUUGUUCUUGAGUCCUGGCUAUCCAUAUGAAGAAAUUUUGAGGACCUUCCACAAUCAGACAAGCAUAAUCAUGUGCUCCUAUCUACCAGUUUUCACAAGCUUUAAUAGAACCAAAGGUGGCUUGAUUCAAUUAAACCAUGGUAGGCCUCAGCCUCUGCAAUAUGUUGUCAAUGCCGCCUUUUUGGCUGCCCUAUAUAGUGAUUAUCUUGAUGCUGCUGAUACACCUGGAUGGUAUUGUGGACCUAAUUUCUUUUCAACAGACGUGCUCCGUAACUUUGCCAAGACCCAGAUUGAUUACAUUCUUGGAAAAAAUCCGAGGAAAAUGAGUUAUAUUGUAGGUUUUGGGGAUCAUUAUCCAAAACAUGUCCACCAUAGAGGUGCAUCUAUUCCAAAGAACAAGGUCAAAUAUAGUUGUAAAGGUGGAUGGAAAUGGAGGGAUUCUUCCAAGCCAAACCCAAAUACAAUUGUUGGUGCCAUGGUCGCUGGUCCUGACAAGCAUGAUGGCUUCCAUGAUGUUCGCUCAAACUACAAUUACACAGAGCCAACACUUGCCGGAAAUGCUGGUUUAGUUGCGGCACUAGUAGCAUUGUCAGGCGACAAGAGCACAUCAAUUGACAAAAAUACCAUUUUCUCUGCUGUUCCCCCUAUGUUUCCCACGCCACCGCCACCUCCAGCACCGUGGAAACCAUAAGUGCACCCUGCCAUUGGUUAUUUCUUUCCAGCAAGUACCCCUGAUGAUUCGAGUGACGUUUGUAUCAACUGGAAGAUCAAGGUAAUUUUGCAGAGAAAAGCUUGGAGAAAUGGAAUUGUAGUGGAGCUUGGCCUAAUGAAUAUAUAGCUGCCUGGAGCCAAUGAUUGAUCCAAGUUAAGAAUUGAUAGAGUGGGUACUUGAGAGUGUGUCUCUUUAAAUUUUUGUGAUACACAUAGUAUAUAUGUAUCUAAAUCACAUCAAAUCAAAUCUUGUAUUCUUUAAACAUAAACUGAACAGCUUGUAAUUGUUUGACAGUCUCAUCUAAUGCCUUCACAGUUUUUCUCAA